CCGACUCUUGAAACCACCAUCAUCACAAGUGUCUUCUCAUGUGGAGGCGACCUUCUACUGAAGUUCAAUUUGUGCUGAAAUGGACCACGCGGCGGAUGGCCAAGAUACCCCGGUCAUCGAAAAUGUUCCUGACUGUCGUGGCCUAGGGUGUCCCGCAUACCCUUUUACACGACAUUCUCAUGGUACUUCCCUGCGGAGGUGCAUAUAUCGCGGUAUAGUUUGUACGAGUUACCGGGCCUGGAAUUCCUCGAUCUUUCUGCUGAUAAACCAACGUGAUCAAGUCAGAGGAUCUACCCAAUCUGCUGAUUGCAUUCGCAAGAUGAUAUAUUAUUCCACGCCAAAUCGCCAACAAAACUUGCUUCACAAGGUGGUGGAAAUCCGUCGGCUUUGCAGAUAUCAACUGUUCGAAAGGGAAUUCCAGGUGGAUAGGUUCCUCCUUCGCCAAUAUAUUCAGCAUAUAAAGCAAGGUGUCUUCCUACUGUCUUCUUCAGAUUUAUUUGAUCCCCUAUUACAUCCUCACAAACAAUGCGUUUCUUCUUUGUCCUCGCUCAGGUCGUUGCUGCUUUGACAAAGAACUGUCCUGUCUUUUGCGUAAAAGUAGCCAG